AUGGUACCAUCAUCAGAGUAUAUUAUAGAAUUUAAAGUAGAUGUUUUGAAAACAUUAAAACUUGUUGGUAUAACAACAGGCGUUUUAACAGCAAUUGGUGUUAGUGCUUAUUAUAUUCAUCGAAAUUUACAAAGUUCGAAACGUGUUAUUCUACGUGAUGAAGUACGAAAUAUUCUUCGCCCAUUUCAAUUAACUGAAGAACAAAUUCGCCGUGUUAUGGCAAAUUUAAAUACUGAAAUGACAAAUGGUCUAAAAUCUGAUGAAGCAAUAACAAAUGAUUUAGCUAUGUUUCCAACUUUUGUACAUCAUGGACCAAGUGGACAAGAAUCUGGAGAAUAUUUAGUUGUUGAUUUAGGUGGCUCAAAUUUUCGUGUUUCACAUGUUGUUAUUGAAGAAAGAAAUCGAAUGCGUUUAAAUAAUAAAAUAUUUCUUAUUCCACAUUCAUUAUUAUUAGGUGCAGGUGAAAAAUUAUUUGAUUAUAUUGCUGAAUGUUUACAAAGAUUUAUUGAUGAUAAUAAAUUAUCCUUACAUAAAUCAAAUGAUCAUCAAUUUGAUUUAGCUUUCACAUUUAGUUUUCCUUGUAAACAAAGAAGUUUAAGAGAAGCUACAUUAGUAUCAUGGACAAAAGGUUUUAGUUGCACCAGUGUUGUUGGUAAUGAUGUUGUUAGUAUGUUGCAACAGGCCAUUAAUCGACGAAAGGGUCUCAGAAUAGAAGUUGUUGCUUUAGUUAACGAUACAGUUGGUACAUUAAUGGCUUGUAGUUCAACUUAUCGUGAUUGUAGAGCAGGUGUUAUACUUGGCACAGGAACAAAUGCAUGUUAUUUUGAAAAUAUUGAAAAUGUGCCUAAAUGGAUAGGUCCACGAGAUAAUACACUAAAACAAGUUGUAAUUAGUACAGAAUGGGGUGCACUUGGAAAAAAUGGUUGUCUUGAUUUUAUUCGAACGGAUAUUGAUCGUGAACUUGAUGAAUCAAGUUUAACACCACAACAACAAGUUUUUGAAAAAAUGAUAUCAGCUCUUUAUCUCGGUGAAAUUGUUCGUUUAAUUAUUGUUGAUUUGGUACAACGUUCUAUUCUUUUUCCGGGUCGUAUGCAAAAAUCACCAAGUAUUCGACCUGAUUAUAAUAUAUUUCUUAUUCUACGAGGAAGUUUCUAUGCGAAACAUGUUGCUGAUAUUGAAAGUGAUACAACGGAAGAUUUGUCAAUUACUGCUGCAAUUCUUACUUCAAUUGGUAUUCAUGAACCAUCAUAUGAUGAUUGUUAUAUUAUUCGAGAAGUAUGCAAGACAGUAUCACUUCGAGCAGCUAAAUUAGCAGCGGCAGCCAUUGCUGUGCUUAUUAAUCGUCUCAAUAUGCCUUCCGUAACAGUUGCUGUUGAUGGAACACUUUUUCGUCAUCAUAACAAAUUCAAGAAAAAUCUUAUUCAAACCUUAGAUCGAUUUGUACCAAGAACACAUCGUUUGGUUCUUUCUGAAGAUGGUUCAUCUAAAGGUUCAGCUUUAGUAGCUGCUGUUGAUCGCCGUUUAAAAACAGCAUCAUCUACAUAUGAAAAAAAUUUUCCAUCAUAA